AUGGAUCCUUACAUAAAACUAACUGCCAUUAUUGCUGUGUUUAUUUCUCUAAGCUUUCUGUACCGUUCUUUGCUUCAAAAGAAAAAGAGAGGUGACGAGGGCAUCAAAAGCAAAGAGGCUCCUGAACCAGCUGGUGCAUGGCCAAUUAUCGGCCACCUCCACCUUCUAGGCGGCGGUGAUGAACUUCUAUACCGAAUAUUCGGCACAAUGGCUGACAAAUACGGACCGGCAUUUAACAUCCGCCUAGGCAGCCGCCGUGCUUUCGUCGUGAGUUCAUGGGAAGUGGCGAAGGAAUGCUUCACCAUCAAUGACAAGGCAUUGGCUUCACGCCCCACCACAGUCGCCGCAAAGCAUAUGGGCUACAACUAUGCUGUGUUUGGAUUUGCUCCCUACAGCCCUUUUUGGCGCGAGAUGCGAAAGAUUGCAACGCUCGAACUUCUUUCAAACCGUCGGCUCGAGAUGCUCAAGCAUGUUAGGGCCUCCGAAGUUGACAUGGGGAUAAGGGAGCUCUACGAUUCAUGCGUGAAAAACAGCUCCGGGAGGAGUACUACUCCUUUGCUUGUCGAACUUAAACGAUGGUUGGAGGACUUGACACUGAAUGUGGUGGUGCGAAUGGUAGCAGGAAAACGUUAUUUUGGGGCCUCGGCUGCCGGUGACGAUGGCGAAGCCAGGAGGUGUCAGAAAGCAAUCAGUCAGUUUUUUCAUCUGAUUGGUAUUUUUGUGGUCUCGGACGCACUUCCUUUUCUGGGUUGGUUAGAUUUGCAGGGUCAUGAAAGGGCGAUGAAGAAGACGGCCAUGGAGUUGGAUUCCAUACUCGAAGUUUGGCUUGAGGAGCAUCGUCGAAGGAGAAGUUCAGGUGAAAUUAAGGGUGAGGGUGAGCAGGACUUCAUUGAUGUGAUGUUGUCACUUCAGGAGGAAGGUCAGCUCUCAAAUUUUCAAUAUGAUGCAGAUACAAGCAUCAAAUCUACCUGCCUGGCGGUCAUCCUUGGUGGUAGUGACACUACAGCAGGAACACUCGCGUGGGCCAUCUCAUUACUCCUAAAUAAUCGACAUGUGUUGAAGAAGGCACAAGAGGAAUUAGAUCUUCAUGUUGGAAUGGAAAGACAGGUUGAUGAGUCGGAUAUAAAAAACCUUACUUAUCUUCAAGCCAUUAUCAAGGAAACCCUCCGCCUAUAUCCAGCAGGUCCCUUAUUAGGACCGCGAGAAGCAUUUGAGGAUUGCACUGUGGCUGGCUAUCAUGUGCCUGCCGGCACCCGCUUGGUUGUGAACGUAUGGAAGAUUCAAAGAGAUCCAAGGGUUUGGUCUAAUCCAUCUACUUUUCAACCAGAAAGAUUUACCACAAGUCAUGCGACUGUUGACGUUAGAGGUCAACAGUUUGAACUUAUUCCUUUUGGCUCCGGGAGAAGGUCAUGCCCCGGUUUGUCAUUCGCACUCCAAGUUCUUCACUUGACGCUUGCUCGUCUCCUUCAUUGCUUUGAAUUGGCAACCCCAUUGGAUCAACCUGUUGACAUGACUGAAAGCCCGGGUUUAACUAUCCCUAAAGCAACUCCAUUAGAGGUUCUUCUUAAGCCACGCCUCCAUUCUAAACUCUAUGGCUAUUGA